CAGAAACUUGAAGGCCAUAUUGGUUCAAUCAAGAAAAUUCGACGGGGACUUUUUAAGGGUUUGGUUGUUUUACAAGGAAGGAUGGAGAGACUUGUCUUCCUUAUAGCUUUAACCGUCGGCGGUGCAUUGGCUUCUUGUCGGCACCCAAAGCCAGGCCAGUUUUUGUCCAAAAAGGAGGGAAUCCCCAAUUACGUAGACAGUCCAUCGUCAGCCGACUUGGCAAUUGACAAGCGCCUUGUGGGACACCUUCAGUUCAACGCUACCAAAGGCAGUGUGGUUGAAGACUCCUCUGGUUAUGCCAAAAACGGCAUCCUUCAAGACGGUGCCAUUGUGGUCAACUUCCCUAAGAGCAAAUGUGGAAAUGCGGCCUAUGUCUACUGUGGGGACAUUCUUUUCCAUGGGGACACCUUCCAGGCCAAACCCAGAGAGGGUGUCACAGUUGCCGCUUUCAUCAACUUGAAGGACAUCGAAGGCAGCCGAUCUAUCUUCGAUACUAUUGGUAUUAGUCAUCAGUGCGGUCAGUUCCACUUAGAGGUGAACUAUGGCUCUGUGCGCUGGUUCCACAGGAAUGAGACUCAGCACAUAAUUUUCAGCGUCACCGCGGAGGGAAAGCAGGUGCCAAAAGAUAAAUGGACCCAUAUUGCGGGAACCUACGACUCCGCCACAGGCAAGUCCAAGAUCUAUGUCAACGGCGAGUUGCGUAACAUGACAAUUGGUGGAGGACUUCUUUCAAGAGACUGGCUGUCGAGAGCUGGAAUUGGUGACCACAAGGCUGGCCGUCCACUGAUGGGAUUCAUCGAUGAAUUCAGGAUCUAUAACUACGCUCUGACCAAAACUGAGAUCGAGGGUUUGGCAAAAAUGUGCCUUCCAGGUGGUGGUGCUGCUGCUGGUAGUACUCCAGCCCCAACUGCAACCCCACCCACCUCCGGCACAACCCCGAAAAUUUCCGACCAAAUGAGUCACGAUGCUGAAUUCGCACGCAAGGCUGGGAAACAUUUCAAGUUUCCUCAAGAGGAGUCUGUGGAGGAAGCCGUGCUCAAAAGGUCCCCUGUGAGAGGAUCACGCGGCGUUGAUGUGCUGUAAACAAAAACAAACAAACAAUUUGAAUGAACGACGUUACUCGUGAACUUAAGCUCGAUACUAUCCAAGCCGGGUAUCGAAUAGAAUUGGAAUAUUCUCUCGUUUGGACUUAACAAUGUUUGAAAACCCAACCAACAUGUGAAAGGAGACCUUUCUUUGUAUUUCAAAGGGCCCUGUAAGUGUGGUUUUAAAACAAAGGAUGUAACAUGACAUCUAAUCAAAGCCUUGUCAAACCACGUACAACUAUCGAUUAAAUGCUUUGUACAUCAUGUUCAUUCUUUGGUGUUUCUGUCACUUACAUUGCACCUUUUGCUGUCACUCAUAAAUGGCGUGCAACAUGAUUGGCGGUUUAACUUAGUGAGGUCAAACAUUGGUGUAAUAUUUGCUAGGGAAUACGAGUCUAGAACCGGCACUGAAUGACUUAUGGAUACAUACGACCUGUCAUGGGUAGUUAUCUCCCACUCAUUUCUAGUUUUAUGGCCAGUUUAUGAAACACGGCUUAUGUUUUCAUGUAAGGAACUAAUGUACAAAUUGCUUGUAAAGUUAUCUGUGAUUUUUCAUUGUGCUAAAUUAUCUCUCCUUUCUAUGAUACUAUUUGGUUUUCUAGGCUUGAUGUAAGUACAAAGAAACAAUUGAAGGAAAGCUAUGUUUUAAAAUUUGAAAGAAAUGUUUGGAUGCCGAAUAGCUAAGAAAUAAACAUGGGCAGUAUUACGAUA